CAAGCAUCAGCAGCAUCCAUACAAGCAACAUGGAGAUGUUUUGCUGCACAACAACAGUAUCAUCUUCUGCGUCAUUCUGCAACAAGUGUUCAAGCUGGAUUCAAAGCAUUUCUCAGACGGAAGCGAUUUUGCAGACGCGUUGGAUCCGCAACGAACAUCCAGGCAACUUGGAGGGCUUUUUCCUGUCGAAAACAAUACUUGUGCUACCAAUUAUCGACGAGGCUCAUCCAGACUAAAUGGAGAUCUUUUUCAAUCCAGAAACGAUUUGGGCUUGUCUUGUUAUCCGCAACGCGCAUUCAAACAACCUGGAAGAUGUUUGUUGUUCAGAGGCAGUUUUAUGCAGCCAAAUCUUCCUCAAUYUCGAUUCAAUCAAGUUGGAGGGCAUUCGCAGCGAGACAAAAGUACUGCCGCUCCCUGUCAUCGGUCACCAUAAUUCAAACAAGCUUGAGGUCGUUUGUGGCGAGACAGAAAUAUAUUCUAGCCAGAUCUUCAGCUACAUAUAUUCAAAGAAGCUGGAGGUCAUUCGAUGCUAGAAAGCAAUUUCAUAAUGCUUUAGCAUCUUCGAUAGCCAUUCAAGCAAAUUGUCGGGCAUUUGCUGCUAGAAAGGUCUAUAAAUUUGCUAGAUCAUCGGCGACAUCAGUUCAGGCGCAAUGGAGAGCUUUCGUUGCUAGAAAGAAAUUUGAUCUUGCUAAAGCAUCGGCGACAUUAGUUCAAUCAUACUGGAGGGCUCAUGCCGCAAGAAAGGAAUUUUAUCUUGCGAGAUCAUCUGCGAUAUUCAUUCAAUCAACCUGGAGGUAUUUUGCUGCGAGAAAGGAGUACAAGCUUGUCCAACAAUYAUCAACGUCCAUCCAAGCGAACUUUAGAAGGUUUGCCGCUAUGAAGGAGUAUAAAUCUUUCCUUGCACUGAUUACGUCUCUUCAAGCAAGCUACCGAGCAUCACUUGCUAGAAAGCAAUACAGAUUUGUCCUAGCGUCAACAAAAACGAUACAAGCGCGCUAUAGAACUUUUCUUGCCAGAAAAACUUACCGUAGUGUCAUAAAGUCAACGACAUCACUUCAACGAAAUUGGAGGUCAUAUACAACGAGAAAGAGAUACAAUUCUGUCCGAAAGUCAGUGACAUUUAUCCAAGCCACCUGGAGGUCGUUUGCUGCUAGACAGGAUUACAUCCUCUCGAAAUCAUCUGUGAGAACCAUACAAGGAACCUGGAGGGCAUACACUGCGAGAAACGAGUUUCAUUCUACCAUAGCAUCCGUGAAGUCUAUUCAAGCGUGCUAUAGAGUUUUUGCUGUUAGAAAACAAUAUCGUCUUGCCAAAAAUUCAGCGACGUCCAUCGAAAAAGUUUGGAGGAUGUUCAAUGCAAGACGCGAAUAUAAUCUUUCCAGAUCAUCUUUGACGGCUAUUCAGUCAACGUGGAGGUCAUUUGCUGCGAGGAGAGAAUACAAGACAGUCCUUUCAUCAAUAACGCGUGUGCAAGCAAAUUGGAGAGCGUUUACAGUUAGAAAGCAAUACAAGCUCUCCCUAGCAUCGMUAACGUCUAUUCAAACAAGCUAUAGGAGUUUGAUAGCUAAAAGGGAGUACAAGCGUGUGCUGACAUCAGUUAUAUGUAUUCAAGCAAUAUGGAGAGCUUGUGUAUGUCGCGACAACCAUUCCAUCCAGAGAAUAUCAGCAAGGCUUAUCCAGUCGAAAUGGAGGUCCGCCAAAUGUCGAAAGCAAUAUCUAUCUUCCGUUUUGCUGGCAACUCGUCUCCAAGCCAGUUUGAGGAGGAAUAUUUGUGAACAUAAAUAUGCUGCUGAAAGAGAAUGUAUUGUACGCAUACAAACGCAAUGGAGAGUUUUUGCUUCGAAAAGGAUAUAUAGUUGUAUGCUUGGGUCGACGAGACGAGUACAAGCAUACUGGAGAGGUCACUGUUGUCGGCAGAACUAUGUUGCAGAAUUGGCAUCCGUGAAACAUAUUCAAUCAAGAUGGAGAUGUUAC